UCUCCUAGUAUUAGUUGGCCUUAGUGGGAAGAUAAUAUUGAAGCCAUUUCUCUACGAUGAACUCUUCUUCCUCUCUUCCAUGUUGUUAGCUAGCUUUGUGCAUUAAUGGAGUCCCAAAACCAAAACAAACAGAAACACAGUUCAGAUCAAGUAGUCCUCUUCAUGGACGAACCAAGCUUGAAACCCAAAGACUCAUCUCUUCGAGCAGAUACUACUAACAAUACCGAUUCAGUCUCACAACAGCAAUCCCCUGCAAAAACCAAAACUCUUCGCCGCCUCAACUUCUCCAAACCCAGAGCUCGUUUUGCCGAAACUUCUUACCCUCUAACACCCAAAACCAUCCCCGAAUCCGAUCAAAACCAGACCUUGUACCCUGAAGACGAUACCUCUUCCACUGACUCCGAUGACGAGUGGUUCGACGAUGAUGAAGAUGAUGAAGGAGAUAGUAAGGAAGCCAAGUAUAAAAGAAGGAGAAGAAAGAUCAACAAAAGAGCCUGGAUUGAGUUCAUUCUCUUUGUCAUUAUCAUGACUUGUUUGAUCUCUUCUUUAACUGUAAAGUCUUUGGAACACAAACUUAUUUGGGGUUUAGAGAUAUGGAAAUGGUGUCUUAUGAUACUGGUUUUGUUUUGUGGACGUUUGGUUUCAGCUUGGGUUGUUGGGUUCAUGGUGUUCCUUAUAGAACGGAAUUUCAUACUUCGUGAGAAGGUUUUGUAUUUCGUUUAUGGUUUGAGGAAAAGCUUUCAGAAUUGCGCUUGGCUAGGGUUAGUUCUUCUCUGUUGGAUGAUCAUGUUCCCCGAUGGUCAUAAACAGAACAUCGUCGUGAAAAAGACGUUUCUCGCCCUUAUCGCUGUUCUCACCGGCGCCACCAUUUGGUUGUUGAAAAUCGUUUUCGUCAAGGUUUUGGCUUCGUCUUUCCACGUCGCGACCUUCUUUGAUCGGAUGCAAGAGAGCGUUUUCCAUCACUAUAUCCUCGAUGCACUCUCGGGGCCUCCUUUAGACGAGGCCGAGAGGGAACUGCCGCGUAAACGAGGGCUCCGGCAUGCUAAAACCAUGCCUGCGAGGCUGAAGGAAGGCGGCGGUGGAGGGGCGGUGUCGAGGACGUUGUCGAAGAAAGGGUCGAGAAGGAUUGACAUGGAGAAGCUGAAAAAGCUUAGCUUGGAAGGGAGAGCGAAUGCAUGGAGCGUGAAGAGGCUGGUGAACUACGUUAAGUCGUCGGGGCUGACGACGAUAUCGAGGUCGGUGGACGAUUUUGGGGCGGGGGAGUCGGAGAUUAGCAGUGAGUGGGAGGCUCGGGCAUGUGCUCAGAGGAUCUUCAAGAAUGUCGCCAAGCCCGGUGCCAAGUACAUAGAAGAGGAAGACCUAUUGAAGUUCUUAAGAAAUGAAGAAGUUCAUACUAUAUUUCCUCUCUUUGAAGGAGCCCUUGAGACUGGAAAGAUCUCCAAAUCUUCCUUCAGAAAUUGGGUGGUACAUGCAUAUGUUGAGCGCAAAGCCUUGGCUCAUUCCUUAAACGACACCAAAACAGCAGUCCAACAGCUGCACAGACUAGCAAGUGCAAUCGUUAUUGUUAUUAUAAUAGUAGUCUCCCUCCUCGUAAUGGGAGUCGCAACCAUUAAGGUUGUCUUCGUCGUUACCUCUCAGCUACUUAUCGUCGGGUUCAUGUUCCAAAACACCUGCAAAACCAUCUUCGAAUCCAUCAUUUUCGUCUUCGUCAUGCACCCUUUCGACGUCGGAGAUCGUUGCGUCAUCGACGGAGUUCAGAUGAUUGUGGAAGAAAUGAACAUUCUGACAACAGUGUUCUUGAGAUAUGACAUGGAGAAGAUAUAUUAUCCGAAUUCUGUUCUUAUUACAAAACCUAUUAGCAACUUCAGAAGAAGCCCCGACAUGGGAGACACUGUUGAGUUCACCAUCGAUGUCUCUACUCCUGUUGAAGACAUCAAUGCUCUCAAGAAGGCUAUACAGUUGUAUAUUGAGAGCAAGCCAAAGUAUUGGAGUCCAAAACACGUAUUGAUAUUCAAGGAGAUUGAGAACAUGGAUAAGAUGAAGCUGGUUCUUUGUGUUCAGCACACGAUGAACCACCAAAACUACGGCGAAAAGAGUGGUCGGAGAUCGGACCUGCUGUUUGAAUUGAAAAAGAUGUUCGAGGGUCUUGGUAUUAAGUACCAUCUUCUACCUCAGGAAGUUCAUCUGAUCAACAACAACAGCCAGGUUAACAACAUUAUGCCUAAUGGCAAUGUUAGAAUGCCCAUGUGAUCAAUAUAUAUAUUCCCGCAGGUAUAAUUAUAUAUAUCCAUUUUGUCAAGUCGAUAGCAAAAAGA